AUGGCACAUCUCCCUGACAAACCCGACUCCAAAUCUCACGGAGUUUCACGUUUGACUGAAACGUUAAAUGGCCUUCACAUUGCCACCUCUCAAGACCGUUUGGACCGAUCGGGUGCUGAACCGAGUUACAUGAAGUCGGCAGUAGCACUGCGAACGCCUUCGUCGCCAGUGAAAACGUCGUACCACCAUGAAGAAGCCGAUGUGCCGUUGGGUGCUUUGCGUGAAAUAGCGCGUAUACCAUCUUUCACACCUACCCAUGAAGCCAAUACUAGUCGACGUCGAGUGAAUCACUCCAUCUUAUCGCGUUCGCCUGCUCGGCCCGGACACUGUAGUCGCAUGAAGCAGAUCUUCGAGGACAUCAGCAAAUCCAACGCCACAAUUCUCGACCAGGGAAAAGUUCAGUACCCUCGGUUGCCUGUGGUCUUGGAACCAUCAUCGUCUACAAUCUUUGAGAAGUUAGAUUCGUCAGCGUUUCUGAGAAACGUGAAUUAUCUUCGGAAAUCGAAUGUAGAUGCACAAGAACCGCUAUCGGCUGCUACCAAACCGUCUAGGACGAUAUCGAUUAAGUUUUCCGAAACCUCAUCAGAGUCUUGGUCUGGUGAUUCCGGUUAUAUCAAUGCGGGACCAGGGGUUGCGCAAAAGGCGAUUGAGAAGUCAAAUAGUCUAGUUGAAGACUGGCUGUCUGGCGUCUCGGAUGCCAAUGAUGAUGCUGACAGCAUCUCAAACUUUAUAUCAAAUAGCGAUAUUGCGACAGAUCAUACCAUAUCUGUUACCUCUCGUCGCAGAGAUUAUGCCACUGGAGAUCCUUUCGUAUCAGAGCCCGAGCAGACCGAUACGGAAUCCAAAAUCUCCAAUCGCAUCCCUGCUGCUACCAAAAAGAGCCGUCAUAUAUCCGACACUUGCAAACAGCUCACCUUUUCCUCAAUUUCUCGCGGAACCAAGAUGGCGAGUCAGCCUCCAGCAAAAAGUGUUCACAUUUCCGAUGCAGGAUUGAGGGUCCUCAGUCCCAAUGUGUGUAUCGAACGCGGUGCGUCAGGGCAACAGCCAUUGAAGACAUCAAUCAGUCCAAAGUCCCCUAAAGUUGCGACAUAUGAUAUAUACAAUGGCCCGAAAGAAAACCUAGCAGCCGAAGCAGAGACGUUAUACAGCAGCCAGAUGAGGCGGGAUCCCUCACCAACAAUGCGUGCAAGGGCUGGUCCGGCGGUGACGUCGCAAGGCCAUGAUGAUGCUAGAAGGAGGCCGAAAGGGCCUCAUCAUAUGGUUCGUGUUCGGAAUUUGAUGAAUUUCGAGAAGAGCAAUGUGUGA